CGUUUUUCCUACUCUUCGAUCUAACCAAUCUACCGUCAAACGACACACGAGCAUCCAGAUUCACAGGCCUCAAUUUCCUACCUGUCAAGAUGGGUGCCCUCAAGUACGUCGAAGAGCUUCAGAAGAAGAAGCAGUCGGAUGUCCUGCGCUUCCUCCUCCGAGUCCGCUGCUGGGAGCUCCGUCAAUUAAAUGUCAUCCACCGCGCCUCCCGACCCUCACGCCCCGACAAGGCUCGCCGUCUCGGCUACAAGGCCAAGCAGGGCUAUGUCAUCUACCGCGUGCGUGUCCGCCGCGGAGGCCGCAAGAAGCCCGUGCCUAAGGGUGCCACCUACGGCAAGCCCACCAACCAGGGUGUGAACCAGCUCAAGUACCAGCGAUCCCUCAAGUCCACGGCCGAGGAGCGUGUCGGCCGCCGCUGCGCUAACUUGCGCGUCCUGAACUCGUACUGGGUUAACCAGGACUCGACUUACAAGUACUUCGAGGUCAUUCUCGUCGACCCCCAGCACAAGGCCAUCCGCCAGGAUCCCCGCAUCAACUGGAUCGUCGCCCCCGUCCACAAGCACCGCGAGUCCCGCGGUCUCACCGCCACAGGCAAGAAGUCGCGUGGUCUCAACAAGGGUCACCGCUACAACAAGACCAAGGCUGGUCGCAGAAAGACCUGGUUGCGUCACAACACCCUGUCUCUGUGGCGUUACCGUUAAAAUGUCUCGUUGCGACAGUAGAGUGGGCAUGGGUAUGGUCAUUGAUUUGCGAUGGAGUGAGGUCUUGCUUCAUGGUCUGGUCAACUGGGCACGAAAUUGGCUGAGAAGGUUCAGCCGGAGUCAUUUUACGUAGCAGAGAAUGGAAAAGCAUCCUGCCAAUACACAAUCUUAAGAUACCCACUGUGAAGGUUGUCCGACACGUUGCCUCAGUCUGCUUUUGAACAAUUAUGAUCGUAAUCCAU